AUGCUAAACGAAGAAAGCGUAGAAGUUGAACUUGUAAAAUUAGAAAACGAAAUAAGUAAAGGUGAAAGUAGCUUUGAAAAAAAAAAAAAAAAAAAAGUUCAAUUUUCAGACAAAAAUGAAACCAUAUAUUACGAAAAAGACGAAAAUGAAAACAGCUAUUUCAAUUUUGCCGUUAACAACUUUAACUACUUUGAAUGUUUCUACAAUGAGAUGUAUAACUGUGACUUUGAUGAGAAGGAAUUUAAGGCUGGGAAUUCUUUCCUAAAUGAAGAGGAUCCUAAAGGGGGCAGUUAUAAUUCCCUUGAAAUUUUCGAGGCGAAGGAUUCUUCUGAUGAAAGCACCAGCAAAGAGAAUGGCAAAGCGAGAGGGGUAGUUAGAAGAGGCUACGUCGCCAUGAGUACUGGGGAGGAUGACUCUGCUGAGGGGGCAACGGAUGCGGAAUCAACAAAAGGUUCGUCUUCUAAUCAAAAUGGAAAAAAUCAAACUCUUAAAAGAGAAAGGUUUACUCAUUCCUUUAAUGAAGAUUCCUCCUUUGAAGUGAACGACGUACAUGCAGCUAUUUUAAAUGCAGAAGAAAAAACUAGCAACUACAGUGAAGACUAUUUCGGGUUCAACAUCGAACCGUUUAAUAUGAAGAACGAGUUGAAGGAGGGAUACAUAGACAAGCAUGGGAAUUACAUUUAUAACGAUCCAGACGGGGAUGAUUUUGAGGAGGCCUGGUUAAAAUCAGUUGAUGAGGAAGAUCCGUUCACCUCAUUUUCCAAUAAAAAAAUUAAAGCAAAAAUACACAACGAAACGGUGUCUAAAUUUGAUAAGCAGCAAAAUCACCAUAAUAAUGGCCUCUCUCUGAAUAUAUACGAUGCGUUGUAUUCCCUCUCUUGUCUCCUGAUUGAAAAGGAAACGCCAAUUAAAGCCAUGGUUAGAUACAAGAGAGAUCUGAAGCUAUGUAAAAAUUACCUUAAUGAAUGCAAACUUAAGUUAGACAAAUUCAGAUUCGUUUCGGCCCCUCGCCCGAGCACUGCAUCUUCCAAAGAUCAGAAUGAGUCCAAGUCAUGCCAAGGGGCAGAUGUGGACAGUUCCGGAGCGGACGAAGGGAAAAGGGACGAAGACGCCGGGGCCGCCGUGCGAGGAUCGGGUAAGAAGAACGUUCUGCAAGUGAACUUGAAGAAGCGUGAAGGUGACGCGGUGGAGAAGGAUACCUUGAAAAACGACGCGGUAGACAGCGAAGUCAUUCCAAAUGGAGAUGCCCCAAGUGAGGAGGAGGAACAUGAGGAGGGGGAGCAUGAGGACGAAGAGAGCGAAGCGGCUCCCCAUGAGGAACAUCCCGUCGAGGACGAGGAUCAGCCCGAACAGGAAGAACCCCCGGCGGAGGAAGCUACGGAAGAGGACAAAGUGGAUGAACAGGAAGAACCCCCGGCGGAGGAAGCUACGGAAGAGGACAAAGCGGAUGAAGAGCAGGAGGAAGCUACGGAAGAGGACAAAGCGGAUGAAGAGCAGGAGGAAGUGACGGAAGAGGACAAAGUGGAUGAACAGGAGGGAGACGCAGCUGAAGAGGAUAAAACGCCUGAUGAGGAGAAGAACGAGGCGGCAGAGAAUGACAACCCCACGGCGGGAGAACAGCCAAACGAGUUGCAGAGGCUGGAGGAAACAUACCAGAAGAUAGCCCUGGACUACAAAACCAUCGAAAGGAGGUUUAACAACUUGAUAGAUUUGACGCAGAAAUUGACAAACGAAUAUAAAAACGUGUAUUUCUUGGCGAAGCACGAAUGUGAAGCCUUGUGCAAAAAGCUAGAGGAGUCCAAGGAGGAGAGUACAGACAUACAGUGGCAGCUCAGGUGGACUAGCGACGUUAACAACAAUGUAUAUGGCCCCUACAGCUACUAUGAUAUAUAUAAUUUAAUAUCCGUCGGAAUUGUUUCAGCGGAAAAUCCAAUCCAGCUAAGAAGGAUAAACAAGGAAAACAAAGUUUUAGAAAAUAUAUGGCAGAUGUACGAUGCUGUCAACUACCUUACAUUUGUUAGCAACGAGAGUGUUAAGAAAAAGAGAAAGUUGAGUGAAACGAACCACGUGGACGCGGAAGAAGAUGGGAGCGACGAGGGGGACAACUCUGUGGAUGACGAGUAUGAUAUUAAGAAGAAGAAGCGGAAGAAAAAGGGCCUCAUCCAGAUAUCGAAAAAGAAAGAGGUGUCCUCGACUAAUGAGGAUGACUCGGACAACGAAGAGGACGACUAUGAAAACUAUGACUACUGA